AUGUGCCUGGUGGUGGUGUGCGACGAGCCGGAGCGCGUGGUGGCGACGUACCAGGCGGCAGGGCGUUGCCCCUACUGCGGCGGCGGGGUGGUGGCGACCGACGUGGAGAGCGCGCCCAGGCUCUGCUACGUCCCGCUCUGCUUCCGCGUCCGCCGCCGCUUCCACUGCUCCCUCUGCUCCCGACGGCUCGCCUCCAUCGCCUGA